AUGGAUAUUCCAGGAGGAAACAUGCAAGAUUCAGGACAGAGCAGCUACCACCAUCACAAGUAUGGCUCGUCUUCACAUCCUGGUGGCCAGGGGAUAGGGAAAUACCAGGUGAUCAAGACCUUGGGAGAGGGUUCAUUUGGGAAAGUCAAGCUGGCGUACCAUGUAGGGACUGGUCAGAAGGUCGCCCUAAAGAUUAUUAACAAAAAGGUUCUAGCUAAAAGCGAUAUGCAGGGUCGUAUUGAGCGGGAGAUAUCUUACUUGAGGUUGCUUCGGCACCCACAUAUUAUUAAGUUGUAUGAUGUUAUGAAGUCAAACGAUGAAAUUAUUAUGGUUAUUGAAUAUGCUGGCAAUGAGCUUUUUGACUACAUUGUUCAGCGGGACAAGAUGUCGGAAAAUGAGGCUAGGCGUUUCUUCCAACAGAUUAUAAGUGCAGUUGAAUAUUGCCACAGACAUAAAAUUGUUCACAGAGAUUUGAAGCCCGAGAAUUUAUUGUUGGACGAGCAUUUAAACGUAAAAAUUGCGGAUUUUGGGUUGUCCAAUAUAAUGACCGAUGGGAACUUCUUGAAGACGUCAUGUGGGUCGCCGAACUAUGCAGCCCCUGAGGUUAUCAGCGGGAAGUUGUAUGCAGGACCAGAGGUCGAUGUGUGGUCUUCAGGUGUUAUAUUGUACGUAAUGUUGUGCCGUAGAUUACCCUUUGAUGACGAGAGCAUUCCGGUGUUGUUCAAGAAUAUUAGCAACGGUGUUUACACUAUACCCAAAUACUUGUCUGCAGGCGCAUCCAGUUUAAUAAAAAGGAUGUUGAUCGUAAACCCGCUAAAUAGAAUUACGAUUCAUGGGAUAAUGGAGGACGAGUGGUUUAAGGUCGAACUCCCUGACUAUUUAACCCCUGUUGAUCUUAGAAAUGAAACUAGGGAUAAGCAAGAGAUGGGAGAGGAGGAAAUUGAUGAAUCCCUGGUUAAAAUGCUAACAAAGACUAUGAGUUACGAUACUGAUGAGAUAUACGAGGCAUUGGAAAGCGCCAACGAAACGGACCCAAGUGUAAUCGAAAUCAGAGAUGCGUAUCUUUUGAUAAAAGAAAAUAAAUCUUUGAUUGACGGUCUGAAGUUAAACAAGCAAAAAUCAGAGACCUUAGAUACAUUCUUGUCGCAAUCUCCUCCAACUUUUGAUCCGCAAAGCAACCCAUUAGAAGGUAAUAGCAUACAAGGCUCGUCUUUUGGCGGACGCCAUGGCUCUAGUGCAAACCACCACAUGAAGAAGCUAGCGUCCUCUCAGCAGAGAACUUACCAGCUUCCCUUUGCGGAGCAGCAAGAUGAAGACAGUACCAUUGCAAUCUUACCAAGCUCUUUGCCCCAAAUACACAGGGCAAACAUGGUUGCUCAAGGCUCCCCUGCCGCCGUGAAGAUCUCUCCUUUGAGUAACAAAAAAUCGAAAUCCAAGUGGCACUUCGGAAUACGAUCCCGUUCAUACCCAUUAGACGUGAUGGGUGAAAUAUACCUGGCAUUGAAGCACCUCGGCGCCGAGUGGGCAAAACCAUCCGAAGAAGACUUAUGGACUAUACGUGUUCGCUGGAAGUACAAACCGGGAAAUCAAGGCCAAGAUACAAUUCCAGACUUGAUGAAAAUGGUAAUACAAUUAUUUCAGAUAGAAACCAAUAAUUAUUUGGUUGACUUCAAGUUUGACGGCUGGGAGUCUAGCACGGGAAAAGAAUUUACGUCAACAUCUACAGAGGAUGAAAUGAGCACCUUUUCUGCCUAUCCUUUCCUACAUUUAACUACGAGACUAAUCAUGGAAUUAGCAGUUAACAGUCAAAAUGGAUAG